ACAACCUGACCUACCGGAUAUUGUCGACGAAGGGAAAGCAACGGCAAGAGGGCGGGAAUCCCAUUCGCCUGUUUCCCUAAUCCCACUCCCACCGGAAAAAGGCGAGAAAACGGUCGCUCUAUAAAAAGGGCGAAAAGCAUGACGCCUCCUGAUAAUAAUAAGUUGCAAUAAAGAAAAGGAGAUAGCCAAAACGGCGGCAUUUUGUGGACACCAUCCCCAGCUCGAGCAACAACACUACCGCCAGAGUGCACAGGGCACAGUGCCCGCAGCAGACUAUGGCGCGAGGCCUAACCAGAACCACCACGUCAACCUUCAUAUCCACUUCCGUCCCCAAAACAACACCACCACCAAUAUGCAAACACCCAUUUGUGUCCCAUCGCCAUUUCCCUCGACCUCGCUCUGUUACUUGGACUCGGUUCCUGUGCAAGUGCUCUCGUGGUGCCGAAGACCCCGUCGACAUGUGCAAGUACAAGGAAGCUUUCUCCAGGCGAAUGGCCAUGGCCGGCCUCAAAACCCACCACCGAAUCGCUUUGGGAGUCUCUGGAGGCCCUGACAGUAUGGCACUUUGUGUUUUAACUGCCAGUUGGAAAACCAAUGGCCUUAAUCGUGCUGGAGAGAGUAGUGGUUUCAUUGAUGGGAUUUUGGCAAUAAUUGUCGAUCAUGGGCUACGUGCCGAAAGCAAAGAUGAGGCAAACAUUGUGAGCAAUCGGGUUUCUCAAAUGGGAAUCAGAUGUGAGAUUGCCCAUUGUGAUUGGCAAGAUGGUAGGCCAAAACAGGGUCACUUGCAAGAAGCAGCUCGGGACAUGAGGUAUCAAACUUUUCAAAAAGUUUGUGAUCAACAUCAGAUUGGUGUUCUGCUUAUUGCGCAUCAUGCCGAUGACCAGGCUGAGUUAUUCAUUCUUAGACUAUCUCGCAAUAGUGGUGUGCUUGGACUUGCUGGCACGCCUUUCACUUCUCAAAUUUUCUCUACACAUUCAUAUCCUUUUGGUGGAGUCUCAAACAGUCAUGGUAUUCUUCUUGUGCGACCACUCUUGAAUUUUUCAAAAGAAGAUAUGUACAAGAUAUGUCUUUGGGGUAAUCAGGAAUGCGUGGAAGACCCAACAAAUCAAAUUCUUUUAUUUGCUCGUAAUAGAAUUCGAAUGUCAUUAAGGGAUUUGUCAUCAUGCAUAUUCAAGUCUGAGCUACAAGCAGUUAUCUCUGCCUGUCGAAGAACACGCUCAUAUAUUGACCAAGUUUGUAGUAAGUUGAUAAACCAGGCAGUGAUCAUUAUAAAUCAUGGGUAUGCUGUUAUUGAUUUGCAGAUUCUUAAUCCAUCAAAAGUGGAGGACAUAUGCCUGUCAAGGUUUCUUGCGUUGGUUUUGCAGUUCAUCUCGCAAAGGUAUAGGCCAGUUAGAGGAAGUGCUUCGAAAUUGCUGUUGGACUACAUUCGUACUUUCCCAUGCAAGACCUCCUUUACGGCAGCUGGUUGCUACCUUUGUCCAGCUCCAGGAUCUAAAGGCACCAAAACCUUGGUUUGCUGUUCUGUUGAUGGUCCUUUGCCUUCAAAAACACAACCAUUCCAUGCAUGCACUUAUGGAGAACAGGAACACUGUGUUCCAUGUGAGUUAGAGCAAGUAAUAGCGGAUGGAAAGUUGUGUUCAGAUCAAUUGGUUCUUGAUGAAUCCAAUGUGCGUUUUUUGAAUGUAACAUCAGAAUCAGUUUUAACUGAAGCCAAAAGACUUGGAAUGCUCAGUGAGUCAACGUAUAGGAAUAUUCUCUUAUUGCAAAGGGAAGAAACCAAACGCUUCAAGUCCAAAACUGAACUCUCAUCUGAUUCUAAGUCAAAGCAUGAGGUCAAAUCGGCCAAUACAUUGCAGAGUGAACCACUUCAACUAGGGUAUGCAUGUUACUUCAUGAACAGAUACUUAGUCACGUGGAAAUUGAAUGAGGGAAUUGAUGGCACUGCAUUUUCUGAGAAAGCUAAUUAUGACUUGGAUUUGGGAGGGGAAAGCUGGCAGUGUCACUGCAGGUCUUGUGUAGUUGGUCCCCACAUGGUAGCUGAGGUGCGACACAUGGUUGAAUCUGAUUGGCUGUAUCUUGCCAAGUUGUUGAAUUGUUUGAGUACUUUGGAUAAAUUUCAACAGCAAGGAGUUCUCUCAACUGAUAUAGUGGAGCAAAUACCAGAGAAGAUAAGUCAAUGUUUCGAGUAUGCAAGGCUAUCAGCGCAAAGAGCUCUCUUCUCAUUGAAGUCUAUUCCAGUUGCUGCAAGAGGAGGCCUACCUGUCCUAGUCAAUCCUCAAGGACUGUUACUAAGCAUCCCAUUGCGUCAUCUAAGACCUGACAAGCCUAUAUCAUUUUCCUUUCAGAGCGUUGGCUUCAACAGUUGCCCUUGCUUGGCUGUAUCUGCAGAAUUCAAGCCAAGAGUACCACUUGGGGGAGGUCAUAGUUCGUUUAUCUAGUCUUUGGGUUUAUCUCAUUUCAUUUUGGAAGGUGACUCGCUGAUUGUUGCUCUUGCUCUUCAACUGCCAGCCAUCAUGCAAGACUCAAAAUGUUAACCGAAGUACAAACUUUUGUGCUCACGGCAAAUUGGGCCACGACCAUAAAGUUUUGUUCUAGUAUUCUUCGAAGUAUAGCCUAAAGUUGGUUUGUAAGCAUCAAAACUCAAGCUGCAUGAUUAUAUUGUGGACCUGUUAUGGCUUAUAUUUUUCGUUCUUUUUUUAUCACCA